UUACUGGACUUUCUAAGAAAGGUAGUUUCUACACGGACGGACUAGUCGGGUUAGCUUUAUUUUUAUUUUCUUGUGGUUUGGGGUUUACGUAACCUCAUGCAUUCCCCCAAAGUGGGAACGGCGGGGAAUUAGUAUUUCAGAAUUCCCGCAGUGUCUUGUUGUACUGACGAGCACUGAAGCAAGAGAGAAAAUUAGGAUUAAACGGAUCGCGCUUUGCCUUUUGCACUUUGGACCACGGACGCAAAUGACAAUCAUUACCCAGCGUUCAGUUUCGGUAGGUCAAGACGAGAGUGCGGUUACUUGGUUAAAUAAUGCUGGCAUUGUGAAUGGAUAUAUUUUAGGAACAGUAUAGAAAAAUAGCGUAGAUCCAUUCUUUGAGGUCCUAUACUGCGCUGCCAGCCCGCACAAUGUUUUCUACAACUACGAAGAACGUUUCUCGGACUUUUCAGCUGGCAGCACAAUUGAAAAGGCUACAGAGUACUUUGGUUAUUGCCGAGCACAAUAAUGAAAAGUUAUUGCCCAUCACUCAGAAUGCACUCACAGCAGCUAAACAGCUUGGAGGAGAAGUUUCUGUUUUAGUUGCUGGGACAAAAUGUGGCCCAGUGGCUGAGGAAGUAGCCAAGGCAUCAGGUUUGGGUAAGAUAUUAGUAGCAGAUAAUGAAGCUUUUAAUGGCUUCACUCCUGAGAGUUUAACUCCUCUCAUUCUUGCCACACAAAAGCAGUUCAACUUUACCCACAUUCUGGCUGGUGCUACUGCUUUUGGUAAGGCACUUUUGCCUCGAGUUGCAGCUAAACUUGAUGUAUCACCUGUGACUGAUAUUAUUGGGAUAAAAGCACCUGAUACUUUUGUGAGAACUAUUUAUGCAGGAAAUGCUGUUUUAACACUAAAGUCGAAAGAUGCUGUGAAGAUAGUUAGUGUGAGAGGUACUAGUUUUGAGCCUGCCCCUCUUGAAGGAGGGUCAUCAAAAGUAGAACAAGCUCCAGCAGGUGACUACAAACAAGAUCUCACCCAAUUUCUGAGUCAAGAAUUGAGCAAAAGUGACCGCCCUGAACUGACAAGUGCUAAAGUUGUUGUCAGUGGUGGUCGGGGUAUGAAGUCAGGCGAUAACUUCAAGUUGCUGUAUGACCUUGCUGAUAAGCUGAAUGCUGCUGUUGGAGCUUCACGAGCUGCUGUGGAUGCUGGAUUUGUUCCUAAUGACUUGCAAGUUGGCCAAACUGGCAAAAUUGUUGCUCCUGAAUUGUAUAUUGCUGUAGGAAUUUCAGGUGCUAUCCAACAUCUGGCAGGAAUGAAGGAUUCAAAGACUAUUGUAGCCAUCAACAAGGAUCCUGAGGCUCCUAUUUUCCAAGUGGCUGACUACGGUCUUGUUGCUGAUUUAUUCAAAGUUGUUCCAGAACUUACUGGAAAAUUGUAAUUCAUUUUCAAUUUGUAUAUUAUUACCAGUAAUUCUGACUGAGUGUGCUCAUUUAGGCAGUAGUAUACAAAACAUACAAAACAUAUAAUGCAUUUUUGAAUUGUCGUCAUUUCAAAAUAAGAUCUUGUUGAAAAUGCUACUGACUUCAGUUUAUGUCUGUUAUUUGUCAUUUUUAUUCUAAAUAUUGUUACUUCCCUUGUAUAUUUCAGUACAUCACUAUUAAAGAGUGUAUUUUUGUACUAUUUCUAGAUUAAAGUUACUAUAUGAAUUUAAUGUUUGAUUUUUGUUUUCACCUUACAAACACACUUAAGUUAUUUCAUCCAUUUUAUAAUGUGUAUUUAUUAUCUUUUACGAUAUUGAGAUUGCUAUUAAAACUGCUGUGCGAGUCAUUAUGUCAGUUUGAUUGAACUGAUUAUGACAUGCCAUGAGAACUAUUGAUGUUGAUACGACAAUACAUUACAUAUGUAUAAGAAUACACAUGUAAGUUACUAAAAAUGUAAAAAUGCUUUUUUAUUAUGCCUGUUCUGAAUGAGCAUUUCUGUAAGGAUGUCUGAGAAAAAAAAUCUUGCAUUCGUUAAAGCUGUCUGCCUUUGCAGUAGCAGUCUGGGGGUGGGGAUGUACACUUGUAUGGAAUUGGGGGCUAUACCAGCAGUGGAAUAGAUACUGUUGUAUGAAACUUUAAAGAGGAGCAAUGAUGAUCAGGUGGUUGAUUAGAGAUGACCAAUGCCUGAUAGUAGGUAGAAUCAAGAUCCUUUUGAUUGCAAAAUAAAAAUUACUGAAUUGUUUUCUUGCAUUCAGCUUCUAAACAUAUAAUAUUACUUGUCUAUAUUUGUGAAAAUUUAAAUUGUACAAAAAUUGCUUAAAACUAAUAAACAAUUCAAAAUUGG